AUGCUGAAGCAUACACAGGCAUCAUCUUUGGAGUCAGCUGACUGUAUUCGAAUCGUCCCCGCCGAACACCGUGGCCAAGGCGAAAUAGUACCUCUUAUCCGCAAGCCAUCCCCCCAACAUCCAUCCAGAAUGGAAUUCGCAUUCGUGUACCAACGGGAUACUUACGUCUAUGACUCUGACAAAAAGGCGUUUGCACCUCUACCUUAUCCAUGCAACGAUCGACCCCUGCUUUCUUCGUUUGAAGGCAACCCUACUGGACUUAUGUCUGCUGUGUCAACCAAGGGCGGUAACACUGAUGCCGGAACCGUCGAGGCCUUAUCAGCACUUUACGGAAAAAACGAGUUCGAUAUCCCUAUCCCUUCUUUCCUGGCACUUUUUGGAGAACAUACCACCGCGCCGUUCUUUGUCUUCCAGAUUUUCUGUGUCGCGCUAUGGUGCUUGGACGAAUACUGGUAUUACAGCUUGUUUACGCUGUUCAUGCUGGUUGUAUUUGAAUGCACGGUUGUAUUCCAGCGCGUGAGCACUUUGAAGGAAUUCCGCACAAUGUCUAUCGAUCCUUAUCCAAUUUACUGCUACCGAGAUGGUAAAUGGAACAUCGUUCAAUCCGACACCCUCUUGCCAGGCGACGUUAUUUCUAUCUCACGCGGAUCUGCCGGGUCUGAACACAAGAAACAUGAAGGAAAGGCCAAGGAAAAGAAAGUCGAAGACAAGGAUGAGAAAGAUAAAGAGAAGGAUCAAUCAACCCCCGAUCGUUCGAUUCCGGCUGAUACCUUAAUUCUUCGUGGUACUUGCAUCGUCAAUGAAGCGAUGCUGUCUGGAGAGUCUACGCCUCUACUCAAGGAGUCACUUGGGAUACUCAGUAAGGAGGAAGGCGAGAGGCUUGAUGUUGACGGACAACACAAGAACUGUGUGCUCUUCGGAGGAACCAAAAUUCUGAAGGCAGGUCAAGAAGAAGGCGAAGUUGUUGCAUCCUCUCAGACCCCGUCGCUCAAUACCCCUGACGGUGGUGCACUCGCCCUCGUAUUACGCACUGGUUUCGGUACAGCUCAGGGCCAACUCGUUCGCACCAUGAUUUUCUCCACAGAGCGUGUCAGCGCGAAUAAUUUCGAGAGUUUCCUGUUUAUCGGAUUCUUGCUUAUCUUUGCCAUCGCUGCCAGUUGGUAUGUUUGGGUCCGAGGCAUUGAGCGAGGACUCAAGAAAUCCAAGUUGCUCCUCGAUUGCGUCCUCAUCAUCACUAGCGUUGUUCCUCCUGAGCUACCUAUGGAACUGAGUUUGGCAGUUAACACCUCCUUGGCAGCGCUCUCGAAAUUUGCCAUCUUUUGUACCGAGCCCUUCCGUAUUCCAGUUGCUGGUCGUGUGGAUGUAUGCUGUUUUGAUAAGACUGGUACUAUCACCGCUGUCGAUCUCGUUGUGGAGGGUGUAGCUGGCGUUGACCCCACCGAUCCACUGAAGCUUGUACCGCUUACAGCUGCUUCCCGCGAGACAACUCUUUGCUUGGCUGCAGCACAUGCACUAGUCAAGUUGGAUGACGGCCAAGUCGUUGGUGAUCCGAUGGAACAGACUACACUGAAGGCCUUGGAAUGGGACCUGAAAGGUCGUGAUGGCGUUGUACCCAACAAGGGGUCAUCUCCUACCAAUACAAUCUUGAUUCGACGACGCUUCCAAUUUAGUUCAGCACUCAAGCGAAUGGCCACUAUUUCCACGAUUGGUGCUGGAGGCAAAAGUCUCAUUGCCGUCAAAGGUGCACCAGAGACCAUCAAAGGAAUGUUGGCUAUUGUUCCUCGGGGCUAUGACGAUACAUUCAAAUGGUUUACUCGUCGAGGCAGCCGCGUGCUUGCGUUAGCUAUGAAGGAAGUUGCUCCUAUUGGCCUGGACAAAGUUGCUCAACUGAAGCGGGACGAGAUUGAGAAAGAACUUACUUUUGUUGGAUUCCUUAUCUUCCAUUGCCCACUCAAGCCCGAUGCCAUUGCGACACUGAAGAUGUUAGCCGACUCCUCUCAUCGUUGCAUCAUGAUCACCGGAGACAACCCUUUGACCGCUGUACACGUCGCGCGCGAGGUUGAAAUUGUAGACCGCGAUGCUUUGAUCUUAGAUGUCAAAGAAGGCUCGAACAACGAGACUGACCUUGUCUGGCGUACCGUAGACGAAACUAAGAUUAUACCAGUUAAUCCCUCGGAACCGCUCGAUGCUUCCCUUUUCGAGCAAUAUGAUGUCUGCAUUACUGGUGCCGCCAUGCGCCAAUACGAACGAACCCCCUCUUGGCCAAUUCUCGUUCAGAAUACUUGGGUUUAUGCGCGUGUUUCACCGAUUCAGAAGGAACUGAUCCUCACGACGCUCAAGGGUCUCGGUUUUACAACUCUCAUGGCCGGAGAUGGAACCAAUGACGUGGGUGCACUCAAGCAAGCUCAUAUUGGUGUGGCUCUUCUCGACGGUACCCCUGAAGACCUGCAAAAGAUCGCUGAGCAUGCGCGUGUCGAGCGGAUCAAGAAGGUAUACGAGAGCCAGCUCAAGAUUUCUGCAAGGUUCAACCAGCCUCCUCCUCCGGUUCCUCAAGCUAUUGCCCAUUUGUACCAGGAUGUCGUUGCAGCACAACAAAAGGCCGCAGCUGAUUUGCAGGAUAAACGAAAGAAGAACCCUAUGGAGAAGUUUGAUUUGGAAUCGAUUACCAGCAAAUUGGCAGAAAUGGAUGACGACAAUGAGCCCCCCAAGAUCAAGCUUGGUGAUGCAUCCUGCGCCGCGCCUUUCACUUCCAAGCUGUCUAACGUAUCUUCAAUUGCUGCCAUCAUUCGUCAAGGUCGUUGCACACUCGUAGCGACCAUCCAGAUGUACAAGAUCCUUGCCUUGAACUGUUUGAUUACUGCGUACAGUCUUAGUGUCUUAUAUUUGGACGGAAUCAAGUUUGGCGACUACCAGAUCACGAUCAACGGAAUGCUCAUGUCUGUGUGUUUCUUGUGCAUUUCUCGUGCCAAGCCCGUGGAGAAAUUGUCACGCGAGCGUCCACUUGGAAAUAUCUUCAAUUUCUACGUCCUGCUCUCAGUCUUGAUCCAGUUUGCCAUUCACAUCGUUUCGCUCCUUUAUAUUACCUCAUUGUCCAAUAGUCUGGAGCAGCGUGGAGAAAUUGAUCUCGAGGCUGAAUUCAAGCCUAGCUUGCUGAACACAGCGAUUUACUUGCUGGGCCUGUCCCAACAGGUUUCUACUUUCGCUAUCAACUUCCAGGGUCGUCCGUUCCGUGAGGGUAUUCGUGAGAACCCCGCUCUAUACUAUGGACUCCUGGGAGCAAGCGCAGUUGCAUUCGGCGGUUCCAUGGAUAUCAUCCCUGAGAUGAACCGUUGGCUACAGAUUGUUGAGAUGUCUUUCUCGUUCCAAGUCCGCCUUACUGUGACCAUGGCACUUGAUUUUAUGGGAUGCUGGGCGGUGGAACACGCAUGCAAAUACCUGUUUGCUGAUCUCGAACCCAAGUAUUUGGUCACACGAGGUCGCGAACGACGUGAAGCUCGACGAGCUAUUGAUGAAGCCGCAGCUGAGGCUGAGAAAGCUAAGCAGGAAUUAGAAGAACUAGAGAAAAAGGCACAGUAA